AUGCCAACAGAACCCAAGAGAGAGGGCAUCCACCAGUCAGAAGUGACUUUGGCAUUUCCUGUCAAAGAUGAUGGCAGCGCUAUCAUUCAUGAGCAGCAGACUUUUACCUAUCUUCCAGUUGGAAAUUACGGAUUCCGGUUCCUCAUUCAGAGCGACUUCAUUUUACUCGCAGACAGAGAGCGCCUCCCCCAAGGAAACGCGUGGAACAAUAAACUUGCAGAAGUAAUUGUAAAGGCGUAUUGGAAUGCAGUCGAGAGAUUCAACAAGAUCGGCGGUUCUCUACAGUACUCAUGGCCCCAGUACUUGGAGAGGACGCCGUCUCGCGACGCUUUCUGGGAUAGUCUCGACGCCGAACUAGUCAAAUACCUCAUGUCUCUUCGAGUUCUUGAAAGUCGUUCAGGCUGUUUCCAGGUCCCCGACACUUUGGUCUUCAUUCCACCCGAGUUCUGCCUCGACGAUGCGCCCCUAAUCGACUGCCCGAAACAGCGUGCUCGUCAUCUAGCUGCCGACUACACACCACAGAACUGCCUGCCUCUAGGUCUUGGUCGUCUCGGGGUAAAGACCAUGAACCGGAAGAGAUUCAUUUCCGACUUUUGCGAUUGGGUCUCUCAAGAAAAGCCUGAUCUUGGUUCCAAGUCCCCUUAA